AUGGAGGAAAUACACUCUGAGACAGGUUGGACCGUUCCCUCUGCUUUGAAGCAGCCUUGGAGGCAUAGGGAGGUGCUGCUUAGGAAGGGAAUCCCACAAUCACAUUUUACUCCACUUGUAGUUAAUGCAGCAUCUACCCCAAGAGAUGAAGAAAUUGUGAUUGCUGUACGAUCAAUGUGCGUGAAAAAGGAUCUUGAAAAUGGUGUUAAUGAAUUUCACACGUUCAAUUGGUCGCGUGCGACUACUGUAGCACCACCUCUUGAUGCCGCAAACGUGUCAGGAUCGGAGCUGUUAGGGGAGGGAGAAAAGUCAACAGUUAUGCCAUUGACGUGGAAUGUUGAGCCAUGUAUAAUAGAGACAAUGUGUUAUGAUCAUCAGCCAUGCGAAUUCUUGUGGAACGCUGCAAUAAACCCAGCUACCUUGCAGUCUCAUUUGAAACUAUUCGUCAGCGAUUCGAAGGAAAAGGUCAGGCGCACACGAACGGAGCCCACAGAUAUGGUCAAGAGCACGUUUGUUACCCAGAAUUGCGACGAAAUUACUGAUAGCACUGCCCAAGGAAUGCACUCAACAAAUUCUUUAUCAUCUGAAAAAAGAAACCUUAUUCGGUAUAAGGUAUCUCAACUGCCUAUACCGGUUAUGACUUUUCAAUUUAACUUCUCUCAGUGCAUUGUAGAAGAGGAUUCUGCUGUUCCUUGUUUCCAUCGCAUCGGGGAAGUGCCACUUUGCAUUAUUUAUGAAGCUCACCCACCACUACUGUCACCUUCUAUCAAAGAUCACAGUCAAGGUAAACAGAGAAAUUUCGAUGAACCGAGUUAUUCUAACCACACACAAGACAAAUCAAAUCAAAAGCCCACUUCUGUUGGAACCCUUGGACGAUAUCUUCUUAUCGAAUAGAUUACAUGAUUUGUGGCGUUAUGUUUUUCUUUUUUUCGCUACGAGGAGAGUACAAUAUGCGUAUUAUUGAGAUGUAAUAUGUAGGCCAAUUUGCUGCUAUAUAGUAAUGUAACUAACACAACUGAGGCAUGAUGUAAACGAGCAUGGAGUGUAUCCUGAUCUGUAUUCCCACUCAGAUCCUAUCCAUUCUUUUCCUUUUAUUGUGUUUCCUUAUUUAAAUAUUUAUUAUUUUUUCCUAGUAUCGCUUUUUAAAAUUUUUGAUUCCAAACGAAGCCAUGUAUACUAGACGAGCGGGGCGUACUUUGGAGUUAUUUAAAUUCUGAGGACUUGUAAAAGUGGUAUGUGAGGGUGAUAAAGGACUUGAGCGACUUCAGUCUAUCCUUCUUUGAUGCGAUUAAAUGUAGUCUCAUUUUAUUAUCGUGACAGCUUGUGUCUUACGCUUUUUCGCCCAACCUGCUCCCUUUCCCUCAUUAUCUUCCACUUCGGAGAUGUAGUUCACUGGAAGAGCCAAUCUGCAUUUCUACUGUACGCAUGUAAAUCCUUUGACGUGUAGAAUUUAUGAAAACUAAAUGCUCAAUAUAUGAGAGUACAUAGA